CCCACCCCCUUAUGGGGGGCAGUACAAAUUUUACCUGCUGUUUUUCUAUUCCAGCUUCGCGAUAAAUUAAACGCAUUAACUUCAUUAACUUUCACUAAAGUGCACCCAAAAGUUUCCGCCACCCCCGACCUAUCUAUACUCAAAGAAGAAGAAUACGAGCGUUCAAGCAACAGCGAACCUCCUCUACGCGUCGGGGUGGCGCGUAGAAAGCAAUACCAUAGCGACGGCGAGGCUCAAAAUGUUAAAUAUAAUACCAGAUGGCUUCCGACUGUUGUUGAAGAACAUUCAGCUAGCUUAAACGUGGCUGCGGCUCUAGAUGCUACUGCCAGUCCUGACCAAUCAGUUAUUAUCGCGGCAUUCGAAGAACUACACAAUACCAACCCCCAAAUCGAUCUUGCUGAUUUGUUGGUAGAAGAGGCGCUAGACCACGGACAAGACAAAGAUAGUGGUAUAAUAUCGGGUAAACAUACACAAGAUACCGACAUCGUAGAAAACACACCAGUUGUAGAAACAGCGCAACGCAAAAAGUUUGGCUUAAAACGCACACCUAAAGAUAUUGAAAAUAUCAGAUAUUUCCCCGAUGACUCUGACGUCGUCGAUGUUACCCCAGGUUAUGAGUAUGAUUGGAGAAAAAGAGGCCGAACUAAAAGUGACAAAACAAAUAAGAAUAAUAAUGAUGAAAAUGAAACUUUAAAUGAGAAAGCAGUUGACUCAGACUUUUACACAAAUUGUGUUGAAUUAAUAAGUCCUGCUACAAUUAAGAGAAUCAGUGAAAGUCUUUCUCUGGAAGAAGAUAGCGAUGAUGAUUGCUGUAUAAUCCACGGCAUAGAUUUAGUAGAGGAAGAAGAUAAUGAGCUCAAUUUAGCUGUUGAAAGAGAUGUUGUCAAUUGCGUUAAUGACAUGUUAGAUAAGGUGUGUUAUGAUAUCGAGAAAUGUGUUGAUCUACUGGCAGAUCAGCAGCAACAAAUUGAUGUUUUGAGAGCUGUACAGAAUAUUGAUAACACGGAUAAAAUACUGAAAAUGAAUAAAGACACAUUAAAAUCACCCAAAAACAUAACAAACGAACUCGAUACUGACGGUGUUCAAAAUGUCACCCUGAAAUAUAAGCCUAAAAAACAAGCUCCAAAAAAGAACACUUCUCGGGAAAAGAAGGCUAAAUGUGUCAAGCCAAAUAAUAUAGAAGAAGAUAGAGACUCGGAAGAAAAUGCAAAAUCCCCAACUAAUACAAAAAAACAAUCAAUUCGCAAAAAGCGCAAGCUUUAUUCACCCAAGGACGACGUAAAUGAAAACAAUGACAUGCCUAGGUCCAGAAAAGAACCGAGACCAUCAAGUUCCACUGAAUCUCCAAUAGCGGCUUGCUACAAGGAAUUGGAGAACGCCCGCAAAUCUCGCAUAAGACUUCCUAGGAGGAGAGCGAGUACCCAACCUGUUAUUUCGCCAAACACCAGGAAAUUGAACGAUUUAUUCGAUAAAAUCAAAGAUAAUGUUGUUAAUAACGAAAAAAUAACGCUCGUCAAUAAGAAAAGUGACAAAGAUCUUUAUAAUAUGUCGAGUGAAAGCGACGAUGAAGUUUUUCAGAAGAAAAAGAUCCAAGUCCAAAAACGUAUUAGUUCGUCCAGUCUAGAGUCCGUAACUAAACGUAGGAGAUCGGUAAAGCCAGUUGAUUAUACUUCGUUCUAUUCAUCGGAAGAUGAGUGCCAGAGGGUCGUAAAACCCAAAGCGGUUAAACAAACGAGAGCCAGAAGCCGUAAAGCUAAGAUAAUACAGAGGACUGACUUGGUUGAUGAAAGAAUGAGAACUGAUCAACCUGAAGUGUUAGAAACUUCCUUCGUCCAAGAAAAGGACGAAAUGAAUGUACCCGAAGAACCUCAACCUUCGGUAAACGUACCCGUUCUAGAAACCAUACCUACAGGUGAUAUACAUGAUGAGCCCAUAGUGUCGAGAAGUAAACCUCAAACACCUAAUAAACAGGAAAUAAUGAAAAUGAAGACUGAGAAGUGCUUGAAAAAGAAAUGCGAAAACCUCGAAAAGAUAACCAAGAGGAGCAAGGAAAUAAUUGCUGAUGAUUCACAUGAUGAGCCGAUAGUGUCGGGAAGGAAACCCCAACCACCUAAUAAACAAGAAAUAAUGAAAAUUAAGACUGAGAAGGGCUUGAAAAAGAAAUGCGAAAACCUCGAAAAGAUAACCAAGAGGAGCAAGGAAACAAUUGCUGAUGAUUCACAUGAUGAGUCGAUAGUGUCGGGAAGGAAACCCCAAACACCUAAUAAACCGGAAAUAAUCAAACUGACUGACAAGAGCUUCAAAAAGAGAUGCGAAUACCUCGCAAAGAUAAACGAGAUGAGCAAGGAAGCAAUUGCUGAUGAUUCACAUGAUGAGUCGAUAGUGUCGGAAAGGACAGCUCAAACACCUAAUAAACCGGAAAUAAUCAAAAUUAAGGCUGACAAGAGCUUCAAAAAGAGAUGCGAAAAACUCACAAAGCCAACUUUAACCAAGAGGAGCAAGAAAAUAACUAAAAAUGUACCAACGGAAAGAGAAAGUACAACAGUGAGCCCUCUACCUGGACUUGUUGUAGAAACAGAACCACGUAAAGAGGAAAUUACUUCUUCCUUAGACGCUAAUUUGCUUCAGAAACUCAAAAAGAUAUACACAGACGUGGAAGAUUUGAAUACGAGCUGUGCAACUCAAAACUUGUUGCUUAACGAAGAUAAUGAUAGAGUAGAAGUUGAUUUAUUAAAUAAAACCUCUCAUACUCAAAAUGCGAUCAUUAACCUGGACAAUUCUAAUGACAACGCAAUCGCCGCUGAUAAUUUACAGGCUGUGGAUAUACCAGAUGUAGAUUCGGAGAAAUCAAUAGAAACAGGCGGUCGAUCUCCCAUUACUGGCCAUAACGAUCUUGAUGAAUCUCCACCAAAUUUGGACGCACUGGACGAGAGUUUCCAACACAGAGAUGUAGGUGUUGAGGACAGGAGAAAAUCCAUAACGGAUUUCCUGGUUAAAAUGAGGAAUCAGCUAAUAAAUAGUAAAACUGUAAAAAGCACUUCUCCUAUCAUUCCUAUUACUAGAAUGUCCACAAAAGAUAGUGCGCGGUCUAAUUUAAGCCCCAAAAAAAUAUCCAAAUUAAAUAGGAAGUCAAGCGUUACUUCAUCUUAUAUCGGGUCCGAUAAAAGUAACCCAAGAGUUGUAUUGGAAAGAAUAUCGUCUGAAGAGAUAGAGAAAUUAGUAACUCCCACCCGUACACAAAAAUCAAGCACCACAGAAUCACCUGUAGUCGUUCUGAAUAGGAUUUCUUCUGACGAAAUUAACAAAUGGCUCCCUUUGCCAAAAACGAAAGAUGUUGCCGAAAUAGAACCUGAGAUAACCCCUAGAAGAACCCUAGAAAGACGCAUAUCUGUAUCAAUACCUUGUUUUACAUGUGAAAACUUUGAUAAAACAAUUUCCCCAGUGAAAUUAAAUUUCGAAAUUGUAGAUCUUACCAACGAAACUCAAAUUAGAGACACUAGAAUGCGCAGAACAGUCAGAAGCAGAAGACAAUCUUCCGUUAGAACAAUUAAAUCUUGUUCAAAUAUAGAAAAAUCUAGAUCAAAAAGUAUAGAGACUUUGGCAAAAGAAGUAAACGACCAAGGUGUAAGCAGUCAAGAAACUGUGGCCAAAUCAGCUGAGACCCCUCAAACCAACAAUAUAUUUAAUAAGGAGAUGACUCUUUGGUCCACUGUAGCUCCGUCUGAAAGGAGUAAUAGUGUGGCUAGCGUACAGAGCUGGAUACAGAAGAAUGCUGAGGCGGGGUCGUCAAAGACGGGAGACAAAGCGACAAUGAAAGAAAUGCUGUAUCAAGAGCUGAUGGAGACACUGGACACGCGCUUGGAGGAAAUCAAUGCAGAUACUCGUGAAGCGAUGCAAGCGGCCUUCGUAAAGGACCAAGAAGAGCUGACAUGUGUGGCAGAACAGGUUAGCUCUAUGGGAGACACUGUGACCCGUGCGGUAGAACUGCUUCGCUCUCUGGCAGACGCUGUCGACAGCUUUAAAAAGCAAAUCACCGCCCUUCGGAAAAACAAAAUGGAUCGUGAUUGCUCUGUCAUUCGCGCGGACGCCGAGAAGAAGGCACGACUGGUGGAACUUCUUAAGGAGGACAUCGACCGCAUAUUAAAAUAAACCCUUUUUAAUUAGUAAUUUUUUCGAAGGUAUAGAGUAAGCAUAGAUAACUGACCCCCUGCAUAGAAACAUGUAACAGGGGGCUCAGUUAUUUCUGCAGCUUACAGUACAUAACAAAAAUUGUGGAAGCAAAAUAAUAAACGUAUACUUAGGUAGGGUAUAUUCGCUAGUAACAGGCCACCGACCUAUAACUGGCCACCCUAAACUAAAAAUGAAUUAUAUUCACCUAUAAGCAGAAUUAUUAUUUUGCUUCCUCAAUUUUUGUUUUGUAUUCAGUAAGCUGCAGAAAUAAUUGACCGUGCAAACAAGUUUCUAUGCAGGGGGGUCAGUUAUCUCUGCUCACUCUAAUCGCAAAAUACAUAAAUCGUUUUAUUAAAAAAAUAUCAUUGAUAUUUAA